GUAAUUUGUGUGAGCCUUUAAGAUAAUAAAAUCUUGUUUGGAACUUUAAAUUUUAUUGAAGCAGCCCUAAUCCCGUGAAGAACUAUGGAUAUUUUUCGUUUAGCUGGGCUGUACAGGAAUGUGGCCGUGCAGACUGGGAACUAAGGUCAGUAAGUUUCCCUUCGCUUUCUGACUGGCCACCAAAUUAGUUGCCAGGCUCGCGUGAUUUAAGGUGGCAAUGUUCAACUUUCAUUCAACAUUAAACAACGACUUCUUCGCCGUCCCACAUAUGUUGCAUCGGCAAUAGUCUGUUACGUGAAAUGAACAUUCAAACAACUCAUUCGACAACUUUUUCGCCGCCCCACAUAUGGUGCUUAUCGGCCGGGAAAACUGAAUUAAAAGCAAAUAAAAGUGCUCGAUGUGUGAAAGCGAUUGGUAUAAAUUAACGAACUCGGUAGGCAAUAACAGGACACUGAAUUGAACUAGUGUGGGAACAGUGUUACCAGUAAAGGCAGGUGUAGUGUAUAAACAAUAAGUGUCUACCGCUGUACGUUGGUUAGUGACGAUGGUGAGGAAGGCGACGAUGCUGGAUCGCGGCUGCCGACGGCGCUGAGACUAAAGGAAGACGGUGCGUCAUCGCGGAGCUGCGCUGAUCUGCGAGACAGCUGCCGGCUGCGCCGAGCGGUCAACGGUGCCUUGCUGCCCCCCCCCCCCCCCCCCCCCCCCUGGAGCUAUUGCAGUAGGCGAUUCCUGUGGCGGUACUCGACGCUACGGCUGCUGCUGCUGCCUUCAAUACGUCGCGACGCGUCGCAUCACGAUUGCUGGUACACCGCGACGACAUCAUUCGUCGAAAUCAAGCAUUUAAGUUAAGUCAAAGACUUUUAAAAUAUUUAUUAACUGCUGCUAACAAACUAAAAGAUAUGGAAAGUAGUGUACAUUUCAGAAGGGAACCGGUCUCUGACCAAGAAUCCUCACGAUCAGGAAUUGAGUUUAAUGAAGAUGGUUCCAUUAAUCCCUCAAAUAUUGAACUAGAACGUAAUUUGUCACCAGUAAAUUAUGACUUUAAUUUAAAUGAGAGUGCAGGGAUGCAAUCAAUAAGUGAAAUAGAAGUCAAAAGGGAGCCAGUAGAGUUGCUAACUUUGUCAGGUAGUGAAACUGAGCUCAAUAUAUCUCCAGCUCAGUCAAGUCAAGAGAUACAAAGUAUCAAGGUAGAAGCUCCGGAUUGGAUGCAAAUACUGUUUGCCAAACUCGAAUCAAACCAAAAUAAAAUUGAGGCUAAAAUUGAAAAUAGUAAUAAAGAGUUGGAGAAUAAAAUUGAGGUUAGUAAUAAAGGGUUGGAAAAUAAAAUUGAGGAUAGUAAUAAAGAACUAAAAGAAGAACUGCAAUCAAAAUGGAAUAGUUUGAAUUAUAAGAUAGAUGCUAUUCAUCAUGACAUUCAAGUAAAAGUAGGGCAACAGUUAACUAAAAUGCAUAGUACUUUCAAAUGUGAAAUAGAUCAAAUUCAAAAAAAUUAUCAAGAGGCAGAUGAACUUUUGGAAGUGAGGUUGUCCGAAAGAUUGAGCAACGAGUCCAAACUUUGCUCUGACAAAGUUAAAGAGGUACAAAUUAAAGUAGAUACUUGUCAGAAAAACAUUGAGAAAGUAAAAGAAACCUGUACCGAAAUUCGUGGUGCAGUGGAACAAAGAUGUUCUGCCAGGAUAGAAGCAGUAGAGUCACAAGUAGAGGAAUUAAAUACUAACAUUGCUAACCUAGAAAAUAGAGUAACCUCUGUUAAUUCUAGUCAUUCUACUGUACAGCAUGUGACUUCAGUUGACGCCGCUUUUAUAGGGUGUCGACAGUUUUUGCGCUUUGAUCCUGAUAAGUACAUUCACCCUCUUGAAUUUUGGAAUGACUUUGAGGAUGUUCUCCCCAACACGUGGUCAGAAAGAGAAAAAAUUUCAUUUAUAAGAAGUCAUUUGUCAGGUGAUGCUUUGCGAUGGUCAGCGGAUGUAAUGAUCAAAUGUAAAACUUUAUCUGAAUUUAAGUCUGCAUUUCUCAACGAAUACUGGUCACAUAACAAACAAAAUGAUGUGUUAAGGGAAUUCUGGAGUGGUAAGAAGUUUUUCCCAGGGCGUGAAUCAGUAAAGGAUUUCGCUAGGAAGUGGGUUUCAAGACUGUCACAUUUGACAGAAAAGAUGAAGCCAGAUAUGAUCAUUAUGGGUUUAGAAGGUAAGCUGCCGUGGUACUGGCAGAAGAGGAUCAUUUCCGCCCCUAGAGAUAAUAUAGACAAAUUUAUUGAAUAUCUGGAAAGAGUGGAAAGAGUAGCUGCUGCUGAGGAGCAGGUGCAGCAGAAUAACAAAUCUUCUAACAAUCACGUACAAAAUAAUGGAAACGUGAACGUUAGAAAUAUGGAAGUUAGGCACACCAAAACAAACUAUCGAAACCAAAGCCGUGGCAGAGGAAGAGGGGGUAGAUACUCACCACGCUUUCGUAACAACUACUAUGACGAAAGUGGAGAAGUAAAUACUAUGCCAUUAAGACAAGAAGGGAGUCAUGAUGCUACUAUAUCUAGUGGUGUCACAGAUGAACACAACAGGCCGCGUGUGGGAAACUAAAUCCCGUCUAUGAGGAAACUGGCGCUCACCAGGCGGUAACAGUAACACAGCCAGUAACGGAAACACAGACAAUCAGCCAACAUACACAGACAGACAACAUGGAUGACGAAAUAAAUACAGAUAAUACCAGUGAUGUGUUAAGCCACUCUCACAAAAUAGUGGAUAGUAUUUUGGAUACACUAGAAAAAUGGGUCAAGGAAGAACAGGAACUCAAGGUAGAUAAUGGGGAAGAAAUAGAUAAUGGGUUUGAGUCUGAUGGGAAUAAUGAUGAAGUAAAAGCUUACAUCUUCGAUGAAAAUGGCAAUCUAAAAGCUGAAGUAGAAGUAGCAGAAGUAGAAUCAGUACUGCAAAACUUUAGAGAGGAGGAAAUGAUGAAUGAAGGGGGUAGAAAUAGUAACGAGGUGAAAGAAUCUAGUAGCUGUGUAAACGUGCCACAAAUGGUUGAAGGUGACGACAUUCUUAUGAACAGCAAUAUUGCGCAGGGACGCAGUUGCUCAGAGGUAGAGGAUAGUUUGGCUGAUGUGCAGCAAACAAAAGUAGAAAAAGUCGUCAGAUGCUUCGAUUUAAAGUUAGUGGACAGAUUAGAGAAAGCAGCUAAGAUUAUAGAGCAUGAUGAGCCCCAGGAUGUAAAUGUAAAUGUAAUUGCAACUGAUCAGAAUUACUUUAGCUGGAAGAACAUAGAACGAGAUUUAUUAGACGAGGUGUGUGAGCAACCUGUUCAAUGUAAAAUAACUCACCCUGUUAUCAAAGUAAACAUAUCAGGAGUCACUGUGCGUUGUCUGCUUGACAGUGGCAGUGAAGCAAGUGCUUUAUCACAAACAUUUUUUGACACCAUACCCAAUAAAGAGAAGUUAACAGUUAUGAAAGUAAGUGGCUUAAAAAUUAUAGGUGCUACUGGAAAAGUCUCUAGACCAGUUCAACACGAAGCUUUGAUACCCAUUGGUAUAAAUGACGUAGUAAUAGAUCAUCCUUGUUUGAUUGUGCUAGGCUUAAGUGUUGAUAUGUUGAUUGGUACUGAUUUCUUAUCAAAGUACCAGGGAAAGAUCAAUUUUGAUCAGAACAACUUAAUUUUAACUUUACCUGACUCUAAAGUGAUAAGAGAGUCUUUUAUAGGAAGUCAUAUAGGCGGUAGUAAUGAAACUUGGGAACUGCCUAUUAGAGUAAUAAAGAAUAAAGGAUAUUUGCAGGAAAAUUUGGUUUUCAGUGAGAAUGAGGAAAGUGCUAAGGUUGAAGAGAGACACAUCCUAAAGGAAAUAGAGGAAAAGGAAUUUAAAAUUAACAGUAAUUAAUUACUGUAGGGAGUCUGCCACUCUUUGGCGGAUACACGGUUUGGCGUACCGUGCAGUCCCAGCUGGGUGAAACUUUAUUUCCUUUUCAAGUUUCAUUCCCUUCUUCUGGUCUAUCAUAACAGGUAAGAAUCACAUAUGUCUUCAUGUUGUAUAUAUGCUAUUAGGUUUUAAGUAUUCUUAGUAAGGAUCUACCUAGUGAAUGGCAAAACAAAAGUCUGAGUACCAAUAAGAGGCAAACAUGGCUAAAAUAAAUAAAUUAAAAUAUUUCAUGUAAUUGUAAAGGGUUAGAAACUACAACUAAGAGAGACACUUUGCAGUAUACGAAGUACGGUAUGAAUAUGAAUAAUCCAUGAGAUUAUGCAGAAGGUAGUAUGUUGCUAGAAAUAAGGUUGUCUGAAGGAAAACAGCGUAAGAAGGUAAUGCUCAUAGAGGCAAGCAAUGGCGUUUUAGAAUUAAAUAAAUGGAGAUGUGUGGAAGUGGUGUGAGGAUCGCACCAAAUAUAUAGAAACAGGACGUCAAUAGGCUGACAAAAGGAAAAGGGAGAAAGAAGUGGAGAAAUGAAGUAUUUUGAAUCUGGAAGAAAA